GUGACAGCACGGUGACAGCCAUUAAUUUCAGCUUUCAGCUGUCACUGCCACAAAACAAAGUAGCAUAACAUGGCACCGUAAUUACUCAGAUUCAGCAAAAACGCCAUCAAACUUAUUUUAAUCGCAGUUCCAAAAACCCAAAAAUCACGUUAAAGCCGAAAACCAACCGGUGAUCACCUCACCUCUUUUCCUUUAUUUCGCGUUUUUGCCACUAUCGCUCGUGCGAGACAAAAACCAAAGUUAAGUUUAUCUCAAAAUUCUUAUCACACACUGACAAACACAUCGCUGUUUGUUGUUUAUAACUUAGUAUCGAGAUGGACGUUCUUGAGACACGUGAUGACGACGUCCUCAGCGUAGUCGACAUCCACGACAUAGGCUCCUACCUGGCUUUUAGUGAUGUAGUGGAUGAAGAAAUCGAUGUUUUUGAUAUGGCGUCAUUAAGUAACUUCCUGCUUUUGGGACACACCUUGAAUCGCAACGACGACUUUCACAAUUCCUGCAAUUUGGAGGAUGACAAUUUACACCGAUUGUCGCUGGCGUAUGAAAAACUACACACAAUACCGAAAAUCCUCCUGCAGGAGUUGGCACCAGUUGUGAGAAUUUUAGACUUAAGCAACAACGAAUUUGAGAAUCUAGACUUUCUGAGCGAAUUUAAAUCACUAAGUACUCUUAUCUGUGAUCAUAAUAGAAUAACGUCAGACACACCCAUCCCCUAUAUGCCAAAACUGGAACUAUUUUGGCUCAACCACUGUAAAGUUGCUUCUUUAUACCCUUGGGCUAGAAAACUGCAAUUAUCGUGCCCCAAUUUACAGUAUUUGUCGCUCAUGGGUAACCCCGUGGCCCCUUCGUGCCUCAACGGCGGCAAUUUUUACGAAUAUUGGCAAUACAGGUUAUUUAUUGUGUCACUUUUCCCGAAGUUGGUGCACCUGGACGACCGACCGGUCACCCCCGACCAACGAAAAGAAGCAGAAAGGUUGUACCGGAAGCCUCUAGUGGAGCGCCUAGUCAUGAAAACACACGCGAAUUUACCUGAAUAUCUGCGCCAUAUUUCUGACGUAGUAUCCGACAUACUUACCCCCACUCCAUCUUUUGUACCCCCACCCGAAAAAAACGUCAUCGUCUAAAACAAUUUAUUGUAUACUAUUUUUUUAAAUAUAUUGGAUUUUGUGAAAA